CUUACAUUGAUGGUCAUGAUUACUUUCAAGCCAUCGAGAAAGCUAUCAAUGAGGCAAACAAAGAAAUCUUGAUCAUGGGGUGGUGGCUUUCUCCUGAACUUUAUCUCUUGAGACCUUGCGAUAAAGAUGACGAAGAUCUUCGUCUUCAUUCCAUUCUCAAGAAAAAAGCUGAAGAUGGAAUCAAAAUUUUUAUUAUACUCCAUCAAGAACAGCCUGAAUAUUUUAAAAUAGAAUCUCAACAUAGUGAAGACAUGUUGCGACACGAUAAUAUUUUUGUUCUGAGGCAUUCUUCUGGAAACAUUGCAUCAGUCGCUUUCGAUAAUUUGAUGGACUUUUUUGACAUGCGUAUUCCCAAUGUUGACAGUAUGAAUUUGGCGUGGUAUCAUCAUGAGAAAAUCGUAAUUAUUGAUCAAUAUGAAGCAUUUAUCGGUGGCUUAGAUUUGUGCUUUGGUCGUUACGAUACCAAGGAGCAUAUUCUUACUGAAGCUUCAAUUAUUUCUAAAAAUAAUGAAAUUUGGCCUGGGAAGGAUUAUUACAAUCCCAGAAUUAAGGACCUUGAGUUUGUACGUGUAUGGAAAGAGUCUUUGAUUAAAAAAUCAAAAGACGCAAGGAUGCCAUGGCAUGAUGUUUCCGUCUCUUUUAAAGGGAAGUGCGUGCUGGAUCUCGUUUCGCAUUUUAAUCAACGAUGGAAGUUUAUUAAAGGAAAACAAAUCAACAUUUUCACUCCAGAAAUUCAUAGUUUUCCAGAGAACAUUUCUGAACUUAAUAUAAAUUCUAGUAAUAUUGGUACAUGUAAUGUCCAAAUUCUUCGAAGCUGCGGAAACUGGAGCAAUGGCGUUGACAUUGAGAAGUCCAUACAAAAUGCUUAUAUUGAUAUGAUUUAUAAAGCAGAACACUUCAUUUACAUCGAAAAUCAAUUUUUUCUUACAUCUACUAAAAAAGAGAAUGAGAAGCAUGCUAAAAACUUGAUUGGUGAGGCAAUCGCUGCUCGCAUUAAAAGGGCAAUUGAAGAAGAAAAAGAAGAUAAUCGAUUUAGGGUAAUAAUAAUAUUACCUUUACUCCCAGAAAUCCCAGGUGAACUAGAUUCCAGUAACCAACAAUUAUGUCAAAUUGUCCGCUAUCAAUAUCAAUCUAUCCGAGGUUUGAUGAAUACUAUUUCAGACAUCUGCAAAGAGAAGGGAAAGCUACCAGAAGAUUACAUAACAUUUUAUGGACUUCGCAAUUGGAGUAUUAUUGGGAAAAAUAAACAAGACUUAUUCAAUUCAAAAAAUCUCAAAGACAUCCCUACCAAAAAUAUUGUCGCUGAGCAGGUUUAUGUUCAUUCUAAUAUCAUGAUUGUUGAUGAUAGGAGAGUAAUUUGUGGUUCGGCAAAUUUGAAUGACAGAUCGAUGGCUGGUGAUUGUGAUUCUGAAAUUGCUGCUAUAAUAGACGAUACUAAAAUGGUAGAUUCCAAAAUGAAUGGCAAAUUGUGGAAAGCGAGUAACUUUGCUUACACACUUCGAAAAAAACUCUUCAUGGAACAUAUCGGUCUAUCCGAUGAUGAAGACCAUUUGGUG